AUGUCAGAAAGCUGGCAGCAGCAGCAACAGCAGCAAGCACAGCAGCCGCCGCCACCGCAGCAGCACAAAGCCGCCCUCCCAGAGCCCUCCAUCCCGCCCAGCCCUGCUGACAACCCCUUGGGCUGCGCCGUCUAUGGCAUCCUGCUCCAGCCGGACCCCGGUCUGCAGCACCACCAGCACGCACCCAUCCAGGCUGGAGAGCCGUCCCACAAAUGCGGUGUGUGUGGCCAUGACCUUGCUCACCUCUCCAACCCCCAUGAGCACCAGUGCUUGCCAGGCCAUGACCGCUCUUUCCAGUGUACCCAGUGCCUGAAGAUCUUCCACCAGGCCACCGACCUCCUGGAACACCAGUGCAUCCAGGUGGAGCAGAAGCCCUUCGUGUGCGGCGUCUGCAAGAUGGGCUUCUCCCUCCUGACCUCGCUGGCGCAGCACCACAAUGUCCACAACGGCAACGCCAUGAAGUGCUCUAUCUGUGAGAAGACCUACAAGCCUCCCGAGGCAGAGCAUUCGCAGCCUCUCGACCCCUCGGAGAAGCCCUACAGCUGCUCCAUCUGUCAGAAAACCUUCAAGCACCUCUCAGAGCUGUCCCGGCAUGAGCGCAUCCACACGGGUGAGAAGCCGUACAAGUGCACGCUGUGCGACAAGAGCUUCAGCCAGUCGUCCCACCUGGUGCACCACAAACGGACGCACAGCUCGGAGCGGCCCUACAAGUGCACGGUGUGCGAGAAGACCUUCAAGCACCGCUCCCACCUGGUGCGCCACAUGUACGCGCACUCAGGGGAGCACCUCUUCAAGUGCAACGUCUGCGAGCUGCACUUCAAGGAAUCAUCGGAGCUGCUGCAGCACCCCUGCACGCCCAGCGGCGAGCGGCCCUUCCGCUGCGGCGAGUGCCAGAAGGCCUUCAAGCGCCCCUCGGACCUGCGGCAGCACGAGCGCACGCACAGCGAGGAGCGGCCCUUCAAGUGUGACCUCUGCCAGAUGAGCUUCAAGCAGCAGUACGCGCUCAUGCGCCAUCGCCGCACGCACAAGGCUGAGGAGCCCUUCAAGUGCAACCUGUGCGAGAAGGGCUUCGUGCAGCCCUCGCACUUGGUCUACCACCAGCACGUGCACGGCAUAGAAAACCUCUUCAAGUGCAACGUGUGCCAGAAGGGCUUCAAUCAGUCCUCAGAGCUGCUGCGGCACAAGUGCGUGCAGAACGCGGAGCGGCCCUUCAAGUGCACGGUGUGCAACAAGUCCUACAAGCGGGCCUCGGCUCUGCAGAAGCACCAGCUGGCCCACUGCGCCGAGAAGCCGCUCAAGUGCACGCUCUGCGAGAGACGUUUCUUCUCCUCCUCCGAGUUCGUGCAGCACCGCUGCGACCCGGCCCGCGAGAAGCCCCUCAAGUGCCCCGACUGUGAAAAGCGGUUCAAGUACGCCUCGGACCUGCAGCGCCACCGGCGCGUCCACACGGGCGAGAAGCCCUACAAGUGCCCCUCCUGCGAGAAGGCCUUCAAGCAGCGCGAGCACCUCAACAAGCACCACAGCGUGCACGCCCGGGAGCAGCAGUACAAGUGUAUGUGGUGCGGGGAACGGUUCCUGGACUUGGGCCUGCUGCAGGAGCACAGCGUCCAGCACACGGCCGAGGGUGCCUACCAGGUGGCUGCCUGCUUGCCGUGAGCCUCCUGCCCCUCGGCGGCUUUCAGCUUGCAUGUGACGCUCCUGAGCCUCGGCCUCCCCUUCCCUCUCCUCAGUUGUAGAUGGCCUCCAGGGAGUUUGGGGGAAAGGGGAGGUACGGUGGGUGGGCAGGUGAACUUUCCUCUGGCCUCUGUGGUUGAUAUGCCACCUGCAUCGCAGGGGCGACGGACGACGUGA